AACACUGAACACUGUGUUGUGUUGAUUUAAUGGAUUGAGUUUCUGCCUAAAAUAACUGUUUUGAUUCAGAAGUUAAAGACUGCUUUGGUUCCAGAUCACGUCCCUGUAGUCAGACGCGUGAAACAGCAUUUUAAGUCAAUUUUGGCGACAGCAGCAGGCGCUACAAGUCUUUGUUGCUUCUGCUUCUCUCCAGAUUCCCCCGUCAAUACUGUUUUUGCUGCAAUUCCCCCGACAAGUCCUGAGCCAAGAGAGGGACCUCAUAGAGCGAAGAGGGAAGAGGAGGUGGAAGGCAGAGUUUUGAGUACAGUUGAAAGAAGGAAGUGAAGAGUUAGAGGUCGGAGGACAAAGACUAAUACAGGAAGGAGACGUAAAGAUAGAACCAAACAGAACGCGGAGAGAUUUCUAUAAAACCGUCCAUGUCAGAAACUGGGAGAGAAAUAACGACGGGAUGACAAAACACGAAAGACAAGGGGAGUCAAGGAAGUUUGACCCAAACUUCAAAGGUCCGAUUCACAACAGAGGCUGCACAGAUAUCCUCUGCUGUAUUCUCUUCAUCAUCGCCUUGUUGGGGUACUUUGCUGUCGGUAUCGUUGCCUGGUCUCAGGGUGACCCCAGGAAAGUGAUCUAUCCCACAGACAGCAGGGGGCAGUUCUGCGGACAAGCGGGAACACCUCUGGAGAAGAAGCCUUUUCUGUUCUACUUCAACAUCCUGAAAUGUGCCAGUCCUCUGGUGCUGCUGGAGUUCCAGUGUCCCACCACACAGCUAUGUGUGGAAAGCUGUCCUGACCGGCACAUGACGUUGGUGAAAGCCAAAUUAGGCGGCCCAGAAGACCAUGAAUACUACAAACAGUUCUGUAAGGAAGGAGUGGAUUUCGCCAAAUUGAGUCCCCCUCAGCUCCUGCAGCAACGCUUGUGUCCUGGCAUGCUGAUGCCCAGUAAACCCUUCACGCGUCGCUGCCUGCCUGCCUUGGGAACCAUGAAAGGCGGGGUGGUGGUGGUCGGCAAUGAGACCUCUCUAAAUGUUGGACCUGGCGUCAGUAUCAACGCAACGGAUGUGCUGGAGGCGUCCAAGAAAUCCAAUGUGGUUGUUGAAGCUCGCCAGGUGGCCAUGAGAAUCUUUGAGGACUACACUCAGUCCUGGCACUGGAUCCUGCUAGGUCUGGUGAUCGCCAUGCUCGUCAGCUUGAUUUUCAUCGUCCUUCUGCGAUUCUUGGCUGGCAUCAUGGUCUGGGUCAUGAUCGUUUUGGUCAUUCUCGUCAUCGGAUACGGGAUUUUCCACUGUUACAUAGAGUUUGCAAAUCUGAAGGGAGAGCCGGGCUCUGACGUCACCAUCCGUGACCUCGGCCUGCAGACGGACUUCUCCGUGUACCUGCAGAUCAGACAGACCUGGCUGGCCUUCAUGAUCAUCCUGGCUAUUGUGGAGGUCGUCAUCAUCCUGCUGCUCAUCUUCCUCAGAAAGAGAAUCAUGAUCGCCAUCGCCCUCAUCAAAGAAUCGAGCAGAGCUGUUGGUCACGUGAUGUCAUCACUGUUCUACCCACUGCUGACCUUUGCCCUCUUGGCUUUGGUGAUCGCAUACUGGGCCAUCACUGCAGUUUUCUUGUCCACCUCUAACGAGCAGGUGUACAAAGUGUUCAACACCACUGAGUGCGAGUACUCACGAGAGACCUGCGACCCCAAGACAUUCAACACCUCCAACGCUUCAGCUCAGUGUCCGGAUGCAGAAUGCCUGUUUGCCUUCUACGGUGGGGAGACCCUCUACCACAAAUACCUCAUCCUGUUCCAGUUCUACAACGUCUUCCUCUUCUUCUGGUGUGCCAACUUUGUGACGGCCCUGGGCCAGGUCACUCUGUCGGGUGCCUUCGCCUCGUACUACUGGGCCUUCAAGAAGCCCGAUGAUAUACCCGCCUAUCCCAUCUUCUCCUCGCUGGGACGGGCUCUCCGAUACCACACAGGCUCCCUGGCUUUUGGCUCUUUGAUCCUGUCUAUAGUCCAGGUCAUCAGGGUCAUUCUGGAGUACCUGGAUCACAAGUUGAAAGGCGCUCAGAACAAGUUUGCCAAAUUCAUGCUGAGCUGCAUGAAGUGCUGCUUCUGGUGUUUGGAGAAGUGUAUCAAAUUCCUUAACAGGAAUGCCUACAUCAUGAUUGCCAUCUAUGGAAAAAGUUUCUGUCCCUCGGCUCGGGAUGCUUUUUUCCUGCUCAUGAGGAAUAUUGUCAGGGUGGCUGUUUUAGAUAAAGUGACUGACUUCCUGCUGUUUCUUGGGAAGCUCCUCAUUGUUGGAAUAGUUGGCAUCUUCUCUUUCUUCUUCUUCUCUGGGAGAAUCAAAGCGGUAGAGGAAGCUGCUCCGUCUCUGAACUACUACUGGGUGCCAAUACUGACGUUGGUAGUGGGAUCCUACCUCAUCGCCCACGGCUUCUUCAGCGUGUACGCCAUGUGUGUGGACACACUGUUCCUCUGCUUCUUGGAGGAUUUGGAGCGCAACGAUGGAUCUGCAGAGAGGCCGUACUUCAUGUCUCAGAACCUGCUGGACCUCCUGAAAAAGUCCAAUCAACAGGCCAAAUCUAUAGAUUAAGUCACGAGUGUGUGUGUGUGUGUGUAUUUGUGGUUGUGAGCAUGUGUGCGGGUGCGUGUUGUAUUUUAAAGUGGAGAUAUGAACAAAAAGAGGAAUUACAGUGCCAUUUCCUGUGUUACAGUAUGUGUGUACAGUAUGUUUGUGUCUUGCUGCCAAAUGAAAAUCCUUCAUGUUGUCUGUUAUUUUUUUUUUUUUACAAAGCAUAAAGCCUGUCGGCUCUUUAUAUUUGCCCAAUUAGGGUGUUUUUAUAUCAGAAGGAACAUGCAAGCUUGACUUAAAGAUGAUAACUGUAGUUAAUUUAAGGAAAUGUUUGCCUUACAAAGUAAUGUUUUUCUUUAUCAUUAUAUAUUUUGGUCUUUUUUUGUUACUAUAUAUGUAUAUUCUGUUACACAAUUUUUGUGGAAGUUUUGAAUGGUCCAGUGUCUUUCAGUGACAUCUGCAAUUUUUUGGCAGAAGUAGCCUGUUGAUAAAUGUGUAAAGUUGUGCUUUAUCAGGUUAAUUAAGCUUAUUGCACUGUAUGAAAUCAGCUCACCAAAGCAAAGUAGCUAAACUGCAGGCAAUUAAAAGCUUAGUGUGAUAUCAAAGCCUUAAGAGAUUAUAAAUAACCCAAGUGGUUUAACUUGGAUUUGCAGCCUUAAUUCUGACUAAAUUGUUUAUUGCCUUUAUUCUUAAACAAUCUGUCAAUGUAAGAUUAAUGUGCAAAUUUUGAGUUUGUAAAAGUUUUACAUUAUAUUUGAUUUUGUUAGAAACUAAUAAAAGUGUGUUGCCGUUUCAGUGUUCAAAGGAACAAAAAAACAAAAA